AUGAGUCCGGACGAGUCGCCGGAGUCGCCGUGGCCGGACUCCAUUCCGCAGAUUGGCGAGCACUUUAUGGUGAAGCGAUCGGAUGGCUCGUGGCACGCCGCCGAGAUCAUCGAGAUCCGCGCCAUCAGCGACAAGGCGGGCGACAUCGUCAACUACGAGUUCUACGUCCACUACGAGGGCUUCAACCGUCGCCUGGACGAGUGGAUCACCCGCGCCGCCAUCGACGAGUCGCAGAAGGUGCAGCCGGCGGAGGUCGAUCCGGCCACCAUCGACACCACCGUCAUCUUCGACCCGAACGACAGCUACCGGAAGCUGACCCGAAAUCAGAAGCGCAAACACGAUGAGAUCAACCACGUGCAGAAGAGCUUCGCGGAGAUGGACCCGACGACGGCGGCGCUGGAGCGGGAGCACGAGGCCAUCACCAAGGUGAAGUACAUCGACCGCAUUCAGUUUGGCAAGUACGAGAUUGACGCCUGGUACUUCAGCCCCUACCCGGAGGAGUACGGGAAGCAGGCGAAGCUGUGGAUCUGCGAGUUCUGCCUGAAGUACAUGCGCUACGAGAGCACCUACCGCCGCCACCAGGUGAGCUGCGGCCAGAGGACGCCGCCCGGGCGUGAGAUCUACCGCAAGGACACCAUUGCCGUCUACGAGGUGGACGGGGCGGAGGCGAAGAUCUACUGCCAGUGCCUGUGCCUGCUGGCGAAGCUUUUCCUCGACCACAAGACGCUCUUCUUCGACGUGGAGCCCUUCAUCUUCUACGUGCUGGCCGAGGUCGAGCCUCGACCCAUUUCCUCCUCAUCUUCCUCCUCCUCCUCGACAGUGGCCCACAUCGUGGGCUACUUCAGCAAGGAGAAGAACAGCCCGGAGGGCAACAAUCUCGCCUGCAUCCUCACGCUGCCGCCUUUUCAGCGAAAUGGCUACGGCCGCUUCCUCAUUGCCUUCAGCUACGAGCUGAGCAAGAUGGAGGCGGUGGUGGGGUCGCCGGAAAAGCCGCUCUCCGAUCUCGGCAAGCUCAGCUACCGCUCCUACUGGGCCUGGGUGCUGCUGGAGAUCAUGCGCGAGUCGAAGACGACGGUCAUUAGCAUUCGCGACCUGUCGACGAUGACCAGCAUCACGCAGUCGGACAUUGUGAACACCCUGCAGACGAUGAACAUGGUCAAGUACUGGAAGGGCCAGCAUGUGAUCUGCGUGACGCCGAAGCUGGUGGAGGAGCACCUGAAGCAGGAGGGGCAGAAGGUGCCCCGGCUGGUGGUCGACCCGGCCGCCCUCAAGUGGACGCCCCCGGCGAGGCCGCCCAAGCCGAGGCCAAAGUAG